GACAACUGUGGCACCGAGUCGGAUACUUUAAUUGUGACAACGGGGAAAGAGUAUAACUUUAAUUGUGACUUGUCUCACACCCUCUAACUGUCAUUUAGACCAGUCAAAUGUAAUGACGAGUAAGUCAAAACGGUACGGUAGCGUUCUUGCUACAGUGCACCGUGCGGCGGUGCCUCCCGGUCUGUAAAACGAGUUAACCCAGAGCUUCCUCGGACCAAUGGGAGCUGGAGUUUCGCCGGGACGUUCCAUACGUCACGUCGAAGAGUGCUCUUCGUGUGCUUUUCACAUGUCGCUGCCUCACUUACGUUCUGCCGGGAAAACACCGUCUAAUGAACAGCGAAGUGUCCGUCUUGGUGGGGGCUUCGCCAUCCGAAACCGACCGGCACUGUCUGCGUGAAAUAGGGAAUGAUCGACGAGACAGCAUCGGACGGCUGGAAGAAGAACUCCGGGUGCUCCAGUAUUGAGCAAAUGCUGGCUGUGAAUCCUGGAAAGACGCCCAUCAGUCUGCUGCAGGAGUAUGGAACGCGGAUAGGCAAGACCCCAGUGUAUGACCUGCUGAAGGCCGAGGGACAGGCCCACCAGCCCAACUUCACUUUCCGCGUCUCCGUUGGAGAGAUCAGCUGCACCGGCCAAGGGCCCAGCAAGAAGGCGGCCAAGCACAAAGCAGCCGAGGCUGCUCUGAAAAUGCUCAAAGGAGGUCUCGGAGGUCCCGCCGGAGUUGGUGUUGGAGUAGACGGGUUUAUUGCGGUUGAAGUUUCUACUGAUGUAGACAGCUCCCAGUCAGAGAUGAAGACCUCAAGCAGCUCUCAACAGUCUGAAUGCAAUCCUGUAGGGGCUUUACAGGAACUGGUGGUGCAGAAAGGAUGGCGUUUGCCAGAAUACACUGUCACUCAGGAGUCUGGUCCAGCACAUCGCAAAGAGUUCACCAUGACCUGUAGAGUCGAGAGAUUUGUGGAAAUCGGAAGUGGAACGUCCAAGAAGCUAGCCAAGAGAAACGCAGCAGCUAAGAUGUUAUCUCGCAUACAUGACGUCCCGGUAGACCUUAGGACCAGCAACGAUGCUGACUUGGAGGAUGACACAUUCACCAUGCACAUGGGAAGCAGAACUGAGUCGGGCAAAAGUAAAAGCUUCAGCUGCACGUGGGACUCUCUGCGUAACUCUGCUGGAGAGAAGAUCCUUCAGCUCCGUAGCCACCCCCUGGGCAUGCCCUCCGGCUCCAACUUCUGCUCCCUGCUGAGCGACCUCUCUCUCGAGCAGUGCUUUGACAUCAGUUACCUUGAUCUAGAGGAGCGCAGUCUGAGCGGCCUGUGUCAGUGUCUAGUGGAGCUGUCCACACAACCAAUCACAGUGUGCCAUGGCUAUGCUCCGAGCAUAGAUGCAGCUCGAGCCAACGCAGCCCACAAUGCACUGCAGUACCUCAAAAUCAUGGCCGGGGGGAAGUGAUGUCAUUUUCCUCCCCCACAGACUCUAACUAGCUACUAGCGUGACGACACAUUGCCAGGAUUCCACUUUGGACGGAGAAAACCUUUUGCGAUGAGUUCAAAUACCAUGAAUUACCUCAAAUUUGGAAAUGGACACUUUUUCUGUCCCCAAGUCGACUCCAUGGAGCCUCGUUGGUCACUUUGAUUUCUGAUUGAUGAGAGAUGCCCGAAAAUGUAUAUCGAUACUAAUUUUAAAUAUUUGUUACAAAUUAUUUUAAGGUAUUCUGUCAUCCAUACACAGCGCAGCGAUGUCUGGAAUUUUAAAUGGUGCUUUCACACCGACUUCCCAAGCAACUGUAGAUUAAUUCUGGCGCAACCUAAAAGAUAUAAGACGAAUCAUAGGUGGACAUAAAAUAAAACAAAUAAGCCAUGCUGCUGGAAGAUGGAGAAGGAGACUAAAAACAAGUCAGAAAAUAGUUAUUAUAGAGACUUCCCCUUUUACACACGUGUUUGUGCUUUAGUCUUGUAUAUUAAUUCGCGCCAAUAAAAUUCACAUUCUA